AAUCAUCAUCGGGCUGUAUUUUUGCGUCCAAGAGGAUCAACGAGCCAUCGGCAGAUUUCGUGCUCAAUUUCUGGGGAUGUCCCAGUUGCAUAUGCAUAAGAGUUCUCUGCUGCAGCAGGCCGCGGAGUAUGACUCUCAGCAGGCAGCGGGCGCAGGAGCGGGGGCCGGGGCGUCAGACUUUCAAAGCUUCACCCGAAACAACACGCAGCUUGAAUACCUCGUUAGCCAGGCGAAUCCCUCGCUGCUGCGACCACUCGCCUUUUUCGUCAGCUGGAACGGGGUCCUGACGCUGGCGUACAGCGGCUUUCCGCCCGCGCUGACGGCGCUAAAGCAGAGCAUCAACGACACGGUGUCCGGCCUGCCCGCCGAGUAUUCGGGCUCCAAGUGGCCCAAGACCUCUCUGGGUGCACUGCACGACAAGGCGCGGCUCACGCCCCAGCAGCUGGAGGUGCUGAACGCCAUUUGCAAGGAGGAAAGUGGCAAGUUUUCGCAGGAGGCGGAUGAUCAGGCUGUGCUUGUCGACAAGCUGACAGUCGUAUUCUACGAGUGCCGCUGCCUGGAGCGCCGCAUUUUGGAGCACGUGAUCCCCAUGCGCGGCGGCGGUGCCGGCGACGACCACUACCACUGCGAUGCUGACCAUGGAAACGGCAACGGAGCCGGGAACGGCGCUGUGGGCGCCUCCAGCAGCGCCUCCAAGCCUAGUGCGCCCAACACGCCUGCAGUCGACCCCCGCCAGCCCAAUGCGGAGGAACGGGCUCGUGUGGCGGGCGUGGUGGCGGAGGCAGACGCGACAGACUACUGGUUCCUAGCCAGCAAGGACGGCAGCCGCGAGUCCCACUACCGGAAUUCGGCGCUGGGGGUGACGCUGGUCCACGACCUUGCCGCGUUCCAGGCACCAGCUGGGAUCACCCCAGGGCGGUACGGCGCCCGCCUGCCCGAGCUCGUCCGGGCGUUCCGGGCGCGAGUGGAGGCCGAGCUGCCUGGGCUGUACCGCUGGUUUGCCGACACCUCUCUGCACAGCACUGUGCGGUCGCUGAUGGGGUGAUGUGCCUGCUGGGCGAUGUGAUGCGAAGUACAGCAAUGUUCCCGGGCGAUGUGCCUGCUCGGCGCCGCGGUGGCCCACAUGAUGUGACACGCUAAAGAUGGUGGGAUACGGCGUGCUGCUGGCAUGUAAUGAUUUGGUGUCGAGUGCACUUUCAAGGUUGGGGGCCUGGGGGCUGUAGGCUGAUUUAUAGGGCAGCUUCCGUACGAGAUUGCAUUGUGCAAGCCGGCAUGCAGCAGGUGUCCCGUGUCCACGGCUUGUCAGGAGGCUUGGCUAGUUGGCUGCCGCAGGCUGGCUUGUGUGAAUGCUUUCGUGCGAGGGUGAUCUUUGCGAUCCCUUGAAUGGACAGGUAGGCGGCGGCGGCCGUGUAUGUGCCGGGGCCCGGGUCAGAGGAAGACCCACAGCAGCACAGCUGUAAAUACUUGCGUCU